CAACAGGAAAUCGCGCUGCCUGGGACGGGCGGCCGUGCCGGAGACGCAGCACCGUGCCGUGCCCUCCCCGGGGCACCCCUGGCCCCCCCAUCCCGGCUGGGCAGCUUGCGGGGAGCCCGCGCCACCGCCGCCCUCCAUGGAAGGGGGACGGGAGCCGGGGAGCAGCCGCUGGCGCCAGGGUGGAAGAUGCAGGACCGAAGCCCCCAGCUGAGCAUGGAGCUGAACAGACUGCUCCUCCUCACAUCCUUCCUCCUGCACGUGGAAGAGGGACACGCCAGCCCCGUGCGGCUGGUCUGCGACAGCAGGCUCAUCCACAAGUACAUCGGGGAGGCCAAGGACAUGGAGAAGACAGUGGGCCAGUGCCAGGCACUGCCCGCACUCGGCUGCCCCGCGGUGCUGCCCUUGGUGAACUUCAGCCUCCAGCAGUGGAAAUGCAAAUCGAGCGAGAGCAAGCGGCGGGAGAUCCUGUGCGACCUGGCCCUGCUGGUGGGUGCCGCGGCGGGGGCCCAGGGCCAGGUCACCCAGGAGUGCGGGGCCAGGCAGCUGGGCCAGCUUUACGAACACGCCAACUCCUUCCUCCUGCUGCUGCAGACCUUUGGCUGGGAGGCAGGGCCCUGGGAGCCAGGCUGCUCCCCGCACUCCGUGGAGCAGACCCACGUCACCAGCAUCUUCCUCACCUACCGGAAGCUGGUGCAGGGCAAGCUGAGCUUCUUCUUCCACAACCUGGCCAAGGACUCGUGCAAGCCGGGCCAGGGGGGUGGCAGAGAGCCCCACUGCGGGGCCCGGUGAGGCUGCGCACAGGGCUCACCCCGGUCCCAGGUCGGAGCGAUCCUGCUGGACACUGAGCUGUGCUCUGGGUGCCCAGGAAGUGCCCACGGGGACAGGGCUGCCUCCUGCUCGUCGAGCCUUUGGUGACCACACGGAAGCAGAGCGCGACACCGGGCGCCAGCGGGCACAGGCUCUGCCGCCGCCCAGGCAGCACCUCUACUGUGAACGCUGUACAAUUAAAGAGCUAUUUUUCUAAUGGGUCGUUCACGUCCUCCUUUUCCCCUGCAGCUGUGGCCCUGGCAGGGGACCACACACCUCCGGGGCCCUCAGUGACAUGCUCCAGGUCUCCCCCCGCGUGCCUGGCUCCCUCCCGCGGCAGCUGCCAGCUCUGCAGGGAACCAGACCCCACUCGGGGAAGCGAGCGGGGAAGCC